AUGGGCGCCCUCCUCCGCGCCCUCGCCGCCAUCGUCGUCUCGCCGCUCCUGCUGCACGGGCUCGCAACCGUCCUGCCGAGGAACAGCAUGCUGUCGUUCGUGGCGCGCGCGAUCGCGUCGGUGUCGUCGCUGCUGGUGGCGGCGUGCUACGGCGUGGUGAGCAGCGUGGUGCUGCGCGCGACGGGCUACGGCGGGCUCAGCCAGUGGACGACGGCCCGCGCGUUCAAGUGGAUCAUGUGGUUCAGCACCGGCGUGAGCUUUGCCGUCGUCGAGGGCGACGAAUAUCUGCUCGAGCGGCCCGCCGUUUUCGUGGGCAAUCAUCAGACUGAACUCGAUGUCCUCAUGCUUGGCUGCAUCUUCCCUAAGUAUUGCAGUGUCACUGCCAAGAAGAGCUUGAAGUACACUCCCUUCCUCGGCUGGUUCAUGACCCUUUCCAAGUCUGUUUUCAUCGAUCGUGGCAAUAGCAAGACCGCCCGCGCCGCCUUCGAUGGUGCUGCCAACUUCAUGAAGAACGAGAAGCAGAGCGUCUACAUCUUCCCCGAGGGCACGCGCUCUUAUGCCGAUGGCCCUGAACUUCUCCCCUUCAAGAAGGGCGCUUUCCAUCUUGCGGUCCAGGCUCAGGUCCCUAUUGUCCCGAUCGUUGUCGCGAACUACAGCAAUGUCUUGAGCCUCAAGAAGAAGAUUUUCAACAGCGGCGUCGUGCCUGUGAAGGUCCUCCCUCCCAUUCCCACCAAGGGGCUGACUGCCGCCGAUGUUGAUCGGCUCACGACCGAGACGAGGGAAUCGAUGCUCAGGACGCUGCAGGAGCUCGCGCACAGCGAGAAGGGCGAGGCGAUAGCCCUGAAGUCGACUGGUGCUUACCACGCUCCUGCCGUGAAGAAGGAGCUGUAA